AUGGAGCAACAACCAACAUUUAGAGGUCAUACACCUGCAAAAUCUAAUGCCACAACACCAUCAUACCGACCUGGCACACCGGAAAGCAGAAAUUCUCCUUUCAACGCAGACGAUAGUAUACAACCUUCUCCAUCGAUAGAAAGGGCCAACCCGUUCAUCACUCCUCUCACUUCAAGGCCAGGUUCUACUUUUGGUGCAUCAUCUUCUUCGAUAGGAAGGACAUACGGCACACGGUAUUUUCAUUCACGGAGAGUAAAGAAGGGAGGUAUUGACCAACCAUGGAGAGCGAGCAAGGACCCAAAAGAGAAAUGGGUCACAAUCAUCCCAAUUAUUGGCAUACUUGUAGGACUUGGAAUUGCGGGGUUCUUGAUUUAUGAUGGUAUACGUUCCGUCACCCAUCAUAAAUACUGUCCAGUCAUGAGUGAUGAUUUCUCAUCUGGUACACUUAAUACCGAUAUUUGGACUCAGGAAGCAGAAGUUGGUGGCUUUGGUAAUGGAGAGUUUGAACAAACUACACUUGACGACGAAAAUGUAUUCAUCAAAGAUGGAAAGCUCAUCAUUAGGCCAACCUUACAAGAUGCAAAACUCAUCGAGUCGAAUAAUGUCAUCAAUCUUACAUCUGCCGGGACAUGUUCGUCCGAUGUACUUUCAAACUGUGUUUCUAUCACCAAUACUACCACCGGCACAAUUAUUCAACCUGUCAAAUCAGGAAGAAUCAAUACCAAGAAAGGCGCAACCAUUAAAUAUGGACGUGUUGAGGUAACUGCAAAAUUACCUGCUGGAGAUUGGUUAUGGCCUGCCAUUUGGAUGUUACCAGUAACCGAUACUUACGGCGCAUGGCCAGCAUCUGGAGAGAUUGAUAUUGUGGAAUCUCGAGGAAAUAAUCACACAUAUGGACAAGGAGGAAACAACAUCAUCUCGUCUACCUUGCAUUGGGGACCUGAUUCUGACAAUGAUGCUUUCUGGAGAACAAAUGUUAAGCGUGCUGCUCUCCACACCACUUACUCUGCCGGAUUCCAUAAGUAUGGUCUUGAGUGGUCCCAAAAAUACCUUUACACCUACAUCGACUCCAAACUUCUUCAAGUACUCUACAAUACCUUCAAUGAACCACUCUGGCAACGUGGUGAUUUCCCAGAUUCCAGCAGCAACGGAACUAGAAUUGUAGAUGUUUGGUCUCAAACUGGUCGUGUCAACACACCUUUUGAUCAAGAAUUCUACCUCAUCCUUAAUGUCGCAGUUGGUGGUACCAAUGGAUGGUUUGCCGAUGGAAAGAGUGGAAAACCUUGGAUUGAUGCUUCUGCUACUGCCAAAAAUGAUUUCUGGAAUGCGAGAGAUUCUUGGUAUCCAACAUGGACAGCGAAUGAUAAUCAAGGUCAGAUGGAAGUUAGCAAAGUAGAAAUCUGGCAACAAUGUGAUGGAAAUGAGGAACUUUAA